AACAGCGAGAGCAGCCGCGCGAGCGGUGGAACGCCUGCUGCCGUCAUAGUCGUCGUUGCAGACACACACACAACACUCAGUCGUGCCUGUGGAGACUGGCCAAUCGAGCGCCGGCCCAUUGCUAUUAUUCAGACCACGUGGCUAAAACCCAGGCCGGGGAGAAGCGUUUGAAAAAAUUAAGGGCUAGGUCUCUCUUUGUUUCUUCUUCUCGCGCUGACUUGGACAGGACCGACACACCGCCGGAGGGGAAAAAGGAAAACAUGCUUGCGACUCUGGCCCAGCGGGGGGCAACCUCGCGGGCACCGCUGUCGGCCAUGCCCAAGCGGACGCUGGCGACGGCUGCUCCACCGACGUUUCACCCGUCUCGCCUUCCUCCCUACCCGCGCCUCCUGGCCCAGCUCGACGAGGUGCGCGGACUCCUCGACCGGCCGCUGACACUGGCGGAAAAGAUUCUCUACACGCACCUGCGCUCGCCCCAGGAGACGCUCGCCGAUGCUGGGCGGGACCCGUCCAAGAUCCGCGGCAAGCUCUAUUUGCCGCUCAGCGUCGAUCGGCUCGCGAUGCAGGACGCCUCGGCGCAGAUGGCCCUGCUCCAGUUCAUGACCUGUGGCCUCGACCGGACCGCCGUGCCGAGCAGCGUGCACUGCGACCAUCUGAUUCAGGCCUUUGAGGGCGCCGAGGCGGACCUGCAGCGCUCCGUGGCGUCCAACAAGGAGGUCUUUGACUUUCUCGAGUCGGCCAGCAAGAAGUACGGCAUCGAGUUCUGGGGCCCUGGCAGUGGCAUCAUCCACCAGAUCGUCCUCGAGAACUACGCAGCGCCGGGCCUGCUCAUGCUGGGCACCGACUCGCACACACCCAACGCCUCUGGUCUCGGCUGUCUCGCCAUCGGUGUCGGUGGUGCCGAUGCCGUCGAUGCCAUGACAAACACGCCGUGGGAGCUCAUGGCCCCUCGCAUCCUCUCGGUCCAUCUCAAGGGCAGGCUGAGCCCAUGGUGCACGCCCAAGGAUGUUAUUCUCCACCUCGCCGGUCUGCUCACCGUGCGGGGUGGCACGGGCAAGAUCAUCGAGUACUCUGGCCCUGGCCUGGCCUCGCUGCCGGCGACGGGCCUCGCAACGAUGGCCAACAUGGGCGCAGAGGUGGGCGCGACGACGAGCGCAUUCGCAUAUACCGACGAGAUGGGUCGAUACCUCACCGCCACGGGCAGGGACGAGGUGAUGCAGCAGGCACGGGGCGCCGCUGCGAGGGGUCUGCUGAGCGCCGACGAGGGCGCAGAGUACGACGAGCGUGUCGAGAUCGACUUGUCGACGCUGGAGCCGACGCUCAACGGACCCUUUACGCCCGACUUGAGCACGCCGCUGUCCAAGUUUGUCGAGCGGGCCCGGAGCGAGGCGGAGCGGGACCACCCCGUGGAGCUGAGCGCGGCGCUGAUUGGCAGCUGCACCAACAGCAGCUACGCCGACAUGGCACGGUGCGCCAGCCUGGCCAAGCAGGCCAGUGCGCGUGGGCUCAAGGUCAAGACGAGCUUCGACGUGACGCCCGGCAGCGAGCAGGUGCGCGCUACGGUCGAGCGCGACGGCAUCCAGGCUGCCCUCCAGCAGGUCGGCGCGCGCGUGCUGGCCAAUGCAUGCGGGCCCUGCAUUGGGCAGUGGAACCGCAAGGAGCUGCAGGGCGAAGACAAUGUCAUCCUCACCUCGUUCAACCGCAACUUCAGAGCACGUAAUGAUGGAAACGCAAAGACGAUGAACAUGCUCGCCUCGCCAGAGAUUGUCACGGCCAUGGCCUUUGCCGGCCGGCUCGACUUCAACCCGAUGACCGACUCGCUCGAGGCGCCCGACGGCAAGCCGUUCCGCUUCGAGCCCCCCUCGGGCGAGGAGCUGCCCAGCAACGGCUUCACGCCCGGCAACAUUGGCUACCUGCCCAUGGCCAUGCCCGAGCCCGUCAAGGAAACCGAGGUGGCCAUCAGCCCCUCGAGCUCCCGUCUCGAGUACCUGCAGCCAUUCACGAGUCCGUUUGCCCAGUCGGCCGUCACGGGCGACUACGAGCUGCCGGCGAUGCGGUGCCUGCUGCGCGUCCGGGGUAAAUGCACCACCGACCACAUCUCUGCCGCGGGUCCCUGGCUCAAGUUCAAGGGGCACCUCACCAACAUUGCCGAGAACACGCUGAUUGGGGCGGCAAAUGAUGAGAACGGGCAGGUCAACUCGGCGAGAGACUACACACAACAGGAGCAGCAGGAGAAAGCAGACUCUGAAGAGGACACCAUCCCGGCCAUGGCCAAGCGGUGGAAGGCGAGAGGCCAGCCAUGGAUGCUCGUGGCGGACCACAACUACGGCGAGGGCUCGGCGAGGGAGCACGCCGCGAUCCAGAUCCGCCACUUUGAUGGGCUCCUCAUCCUGGCACGCAGCAUUGCGCGCAUCGCAGAGACGAACUUGCGCAAGCAGGGCGUGCUGACGCUCCUGUUUGAAAACGAGGCCGACUACGAGAAGAUCAGUGGGGGUGACAUUGUCGAGACCGUCAACUUGACCGACCUUCUCCGGCCGGGCGGCGACGUCUCGACGCAGGUCCGUGUGCGCGUCACCAAGCUCGAGCAGGACGGCAAGACGGUCAAGGAGUCGUUUGAGAUUCCGACAAAGCACUCGCUCUCCAAGGCCCACCUCGACUGGAUCCGAUCCGGAUCGGCCCUCAACCUGAUCCGGGAAAAGGCGCAGCAGGAGAGCCAGGCCGCCGCUGCUCCCCUGGGUGUGAGCGGGACGGGGGUUGGUACCGGGGCCGGCAUUGGGACACGGGCGAUGAGCACCCUCGCUCGUCGACCGCGUAACCACCGCCUCCCUUCCAGCUCCAGGGGCUACGCCACGGCUUCGUCGUCGGGCGGCAAGUCGUCGACGCCCGAUGCCUCGCGGCUCAGCCCCAACGACCCGCGCUACCAGGCCCCCGCUGCCGACUCGCGCACCGAGGCGCUCAAGCGCAUGGUGUUUCCCGAGCCCGCGGGCGGAGCCUCUUCGCGCCUCGAGGCAGCCCGCGCGUCGGACAGGGAGGCCGACGCCGCGCUGGCCAAGAUGCUGCCGAGUGACCGGCGGGCCGAGGUGCACGACACGAUCACGCGCGCCUGGCUGCUCUUCCAGCGCGAGCGGCGCGAGGCCCACGAGGCGGACCUGGCGACGAAGCGCGAGAUGAUGCAGGCGGCGUGCGACAGCCUGCGCGCCGAGGCGCCCAAGCUCUUUGAGCGUGCCAGCUACCGCGUCGCGCUCAGCAAGCGCCACCCCAGCGAGAUUGAGCGCCUCCGCGAGGCCGGCCUCCUCGAGGGCCAGGCGCCCCGGGAGGGGCAGGAGAAGCUCAGCGGGCCCGAGCGCCGGCGGCGCGCAAAGGCCAUCACCGCCAACAGGCUCCACGGCCUCGUGCCCAGAGAGCUCCGCGCGCCGACGAUGACGCCGAGCAAAAAGGGAUGGCCCACCAUGGAGCAGCAGGACAGCAAGCAGCAGUCGUCGUAGAUGUCUUUUUUUAUCUCCUCUCCCCGUGACAUUUGCUUUGCUUUGGCUGUUGUAGAAUGGGUCGCAUACGAGACGUGAAAAUCGAUGAGCUAAUCUUAUCAUUUCCUGCCGAGAA